UUUAUUAUUAAAUUUAAAAAUAAUUAUUUUUUAUUUAUUCUAAAGUUCAUAUAAAUUUAAAUUUAUGUUUUCAAAUACAACUAUUUCAAUUUUUUAAAUUACACAAUAAUAGUUUGGGGGAAGAAAAGAAAAGUCUAGGAGCAUGGAAGUCAAGUCAAGUCGUAGAAAACCUGCUCAACACUAAUUAGUGUAUAUUCUUUGUCCUGCUAUUUGGCACGCGUCACUGCUAACCUUAGCUCUUUUGGUAAAGUGCAAGCGCCUCACCAAUCGAUAAAGGUCUCUGUUCCAGCUUCUUUCUGCCGACCCUCCAUCAUCUUCAUCUUUCUCCAUUUUCACAGAAAUGGACGCCACCAGCGGGCGACGAUUCUCCGGAUGCCACGUGGUCGCGAUGCCUUACCCCGGCAGAGGCCACAUCAACCCUAUGAUGAACCUAUGCAAGUCUCUAGCUUCCCGCACAUCCCUUAACGUUCUCAUCACGUUCGUCCUCACCGAAGAGUGGCUCGGCUUCAUCGGCGCCGAUGACAAGCCUCCCAACAUCCGCUUCGACUCCAUCCCCAACAUCAUCCCUUCCGAGCUCGUCCGCGCCGCCGAUUUCGCCGGCUUCAUCGACGCCGUUUGGACGAAGAUGGAGGCCCCUUUCGAACGGCUCCUCGACCGGCUGGAUCCGACGCCGACGGUGAUUCUGGCCGACACGACGCUGGUGUGGGCCCUUGAUGUCGGAAACCGCCGCAAGAUCCCGCUAGCGUCGUUUUGGCCCAUGGCCGCUUCCGUAUUCUCUGUGUUUCACCAUUUUGAUCUGCUCGUGCAGCACCGCCACUUCCCGAUCCAUUCGUCAGAAAUAGGCCAGAGGAAGGAUGAAAUUGUGGAUUACAUCCCAGGAAUGUCUCCAACGCGGGUGGCAGAUCUUCCAACAAUUAUCCAUGGGAUUAGUGAGCCAACCCUCCGUCGAGCUCUGGAUUCCGUGGUCCGUUUAGACCACAAAGCUCAGUAUCUGCUGCUCAGUUCCAUACACGAGCUCGAAGCUCCCAUCGUUGACGCUAUUCAAGCGAAAUUCUCAAAGCCAGUCUACUGCGUCGGCCCCCUCAUCCCCUACCCCAAACUGAUCACACCCAAUAUUUCUGCAGCACAAAGUAAUGGUGGCAACGACCCUAAUAACCAUGUCAUGAGCUGGCUGGACUCUCAGCCCAGAGGUUCAGUCUUGUACGUCUCCUGGGGAAGCUUCCUCUCGCUUUCCGGUCCCCAGAUGGAAGAGAUCGCGGCCGGCUUGUCCGGGAGCGGCGUCCGGUACCUGCGGGUGGCGCGUGGCGAAGCUCAUCGGCUGGAAGAGGGCGCGGGGGACAAAGGGUUGGUGGUGGGGUGGUGUGAUCAGCUGAGGGUGUUAAGUCACUGUGCAGUGGGUGGGUUUUGGACUCACUGCGGGUGGAAUUCCACCAUGGAAGGUGUUUUUGCAGGAGUGCCACUGCUUACUUUUCCCGUGGCUAUGGAUCAGGUACCAAACAGUAAGGUAAUUGUUGAGGAUUGGAAGGUUGGGCAGAGGGCGAGGAAGGAGCGGGGAGCUGGAGAUUUGGUGGAGAGGGGGGAAGUCGCUGAGGUUGUGAGGAGGUUCAUGGAUUCGGAGAGCUGUGAGAGGAGAGAAAUGGUGAGAAGGGUGAAAGAGCUUCAGGAUAUUUGUCAAAAAGCAACCGCUGAAGGUGGAUCUUUUGACACGAGUCUGGAUGCUUUUGCGAGGGACAUUUCACGCUCCCAUUAAAUAAAUUAUUUUGCUGUCCACGGCGACAUCCUCGAUGGUUGUAAAAUUGAAGUAUUAAAGACAUUUGUUGUUUGUCUCAUUGUUGUAAUUGUUGUGGUUCUCAAAGAGAUGGUUAAUUGAAAAUUUAAAAUUUUUUGACUAA